AUGCAAUCAUUUAUCAAUCAAUUAAAAUAAGCAAAUAUUUAAUAGUUACUAAGCAAAGAGACUUUCAAAGACAUCCCAAUCCAGUUGAAAGCAAUUCGAUUAAGUUAUGAGAUCGAGUAAAAUUCAGGAGCCUUUUUAGAGAUCUUUAAAUGUAGAGAUAGAAAUGAUGAUGUGAUUCAAUAGGCAAUCAAGAUUGCAAAUCAGAGUCAAUUUGAUAAUUAGGAGAUCGUUAAAAAUAUCAGGAUUGAAUAAUUCCAAUAUCAGCAGAAGUUGAAGCAGAUUCAAUAAAAGUAUAUGCUGAAAACGGGAUUGAUCCUGUAUGGAGUAUUGUUGAGUUUGCAUUUGGGCAUUCAAGGUUGGUACUAUUUGGAGUAUGAUCUAUGGUUAUCGAAUCCUGGGAUUUCAGAAUAUCAUACAAAUAGAUUUCGUUGA